CGAUUUUUACUUUCAUUAAUUGACCACUUUCUCCAUAAUGGCCACCCCCGGCCAGCCUACCCCCCAGCAGCUAGCCGCUAUGCAGCAGCAGUUCGCUGCUGAGGCGGCCAAACGAGGACUGACCCCCGAAGAGUUCGCUAAACAGCAACGUGAGCAGCUGAAUGCCGAAGCUGCGAAGCACGGCAUGACAACCGAGCAAUAUGUCACCCAGUUGAGAAUGCGUGCAAUGGCUGCUCAGCAGAAGGCCGCCGAGGUCCAGCGACAACUCCAGGCCAACGGCCAGAGCCAGGGACCCCCACGACCAGGACAGCCCGGCCAGCCUGGUCAACCGCAGACACACACGCAGCAGGUUCCUGUUAACCCAAACAGUCCCAAAGACCCCAAAGCGAUCGCAGUCGCGCAAUUCCUAAGAUCGCAGAACUUGAAGCCGAGGACGUGCAUUAUGGAUGGGCAAAGGAAGGACAUGUUCAAGGUUAAACGUGCAAUUCGUGCCCUCGAAUCGCCUGCCUAUGAGAAGGCCCGAAAGAAGAACCCUCUCCUACCGCCAGUAACAGACCGUGCUUCAGCUGAGAACGUAUUCAAGCUCCUUCCUCUGUCGGUUCUUGCUCUUCGAGUCUCGAAGGUUGAUCCCCAUGCUGGCCAUGGUCAUGGAAAGACGAAGAGAGUGAAGGGGCUGUGGACUGUGAAGAUCGAGCAGCACCAGGAAGCCGAUCCGAUGAUGCACUACGUUUGGCUUUAUGAGGGCCCGCAAUGGAAGCAAAAGGCUAUGGCUGCCGCCGUGGUGGCUGGUAUCUUCGCAGUCGUGCUCUUUCCGCUUUGGCCCAUAAUGCUGAGGCAAGCUGUGUGGUAUUUGAGUGUCGGCAUGAUGGGUCUGCUCGGUCUAUUCUUCGCAAUGGCCAUUUUCCGUCUUAUUCUCUUUUGUAUCACCGUUUUCGCUGUACCUCCUGGUCUGUGGCUGUUUCCCAACCUGUUCGAAGAUGUUGGUUUCUUUGACAGUUUCAAGCCAUUAUGGGGGUGGCAAGAGACUGGCAAGAAGAAAAAGAAGUCUAAGAAGGCUGCGAGUAGCGCAGCUCAAACGUCAAAUCCUCAGGCUACAGAGUCUGCCCCUGCAGCAACCGCUGAGACCGCACCCGCAGCAACUACAACUGCGACAGAAAGUGCGGAUGCAGCGGGUCCAGUCAAGCGUGAUCUCGCGCCUCGUGUUGAAGAGGUUGAGGAGUGAUUUUAUAGCUUGGCAUAUGGCAACAUUUCUCAGGUGCCUGCGAUAUUGCAUUUUCUGCGAUCAAAAUUUCAUGAGCUCUUCAAUGCCUUUACGUAUGCUUGAACUGGGUCAUCUUUCAUUCCUUUUCUCCUAACUUGUUCUUCCGCCAUAUCAUUGAAAUGCUUUUACAAUUGGGUUAA